CUACCAAAUUUUCUUGACAUUUCAGAUCACUAAUUGAACACACUCUGUCGAAUAGUGAAAUUUACGCUUACAGCAUUUGUGCGGGAAACUACGAAACAUUUGAGUCAGCAGUAAGUUAAUGUUUAUCUGCAAGAAGAGGAAGUAAAAUAAUGGAGGCUAUUUCUGAACGCAAUUUAGAAAAGUGGAAUAAUCUAAGCGAUUUCGAUAAACUGGAAUUUUUAAAUCAUCCACUCAACCCACCGGAUUGUAUAUUUGUAGUUGGAAUAGCAGAAAAAGAAAUACAGCGUAUACCAUGUCAUAAAAGAGUAUUGAUGGAUGUAUCUUCAGUUUUUGCUACAAUGUUUGAUGGAAAAUACUUGGAGUCUGAGCCUAAUUGCGAAAUUCGCUUAGACGAUGUAGAACCAAUUGCAUUCAAACAAUUCAAACACUGUAUUUAUUACGGCAAAAAACCAAUUUUAAACUCUCUAAAUGAUUGUCUGCAGUUGGCUUAUUUAAGUCUAAAAUAUAUGUUUGAUUCAUUCCUAAACGAGUGUCUUGCUGUGAUAAAGGAGAGGAUGCAAAAUGUGACCAUUUUGAAUUUGGCAGAAUUUUUUAAUUCUCCACCUUUUAUUACUCAACGCGAUUUGAUUCAGUCAAUAAAGUUAACGAGAGAGAACAAUGAUUUGCUUCGAACUUCUCAGGUAUACAAUAUACCUGCACCAAGAUUUAUAAUGCUUAUGGACAAACUUUCAUCUCUACUUUCUAAAUCAGAACUUUUCCAAAUGGUUGAGAAUUAUGUUGAAAAAAAUUAUAUGCUGAAACAGGCGAACAAUAUGGAUUUGAAUAACGGAAAAUUUUCGUGUUUAGUUCAGCAUAUAAUUGACACGCUAUUGGCAAAUAUUAAUAUUUUAAAUAUGAGCGCAAAAGAAUUCUGCGCUGGGCCAUUGCACUGUUCUUUCAUAGAUACGCCCACAAAGCUGGACUUACUGGUAUCAAUAAGCAAAGGUAUAGUGGAAAAAGGCAUUGGCAAAAAUAAUACAACAAUACAUAAUUGUCCAAUUUGGACAUAAUAAUGA